CAAGAAAUUAAAUUCGAGUGUUUGGCGAUCUUUAUUAUUGAAUAAAUAAUUGUUACUUUAGAAGUUUUGAAGUUAUUUAGCAUGGCUGAAGAUAAGGGUAUUUUUUACAACAACCGGGUUCUUCUCGGUAACUGGUAUGAAGCGACAACUUUGGAAGAAUACAAACUGAAGAAAUUCCUCAAACAAAUGGAAAAGGGUGAAAUAAUGUUGGCAAAGUACAGGAAGAUGACAGAAAAUUUGAGACGGCCAACAGUAUUGACGCAAUCAUCAAACUCAGUAAGGUUCGGGGCCAGGAUAGCCCUUCUGGCGCCUCAUGUGCCAGCGUCGGAUUCCCCGAUCGAAGACAGCAAAGGCUUGUUGCUGGGCGGACGAAUAUCUUCGGACGAAAUUAAUUACAUCCAAGACUUGGAGGACGGCUGCUCUGUAGUCUGCGCGGCGGAGGAGGUGCCGACCGAAAUGAACACUUUCAUUAUAACGAGCUCCGAUUACUGCAAAAGGGACGGGGACCCGCUGAAGUAUAAUCAGGAGUUUCUUAUGGCUUUGUCUUCUUCGAUAGCGAGGAAUAAGAAAUCGAAGAAAAUGGGGAUGACGAUGAUGAAAUUAUAUUUCCAGCCCCUAUACCUCCGUUACGACCCGAACGCGAUACCCGGGUUAUGCGGCAAGUACCCGCUGUACAUCAGUCGGCACCCUGUGACCAGCACGAGAUGGCGCGCGCUGCCAGUACAGACGCCGGAGAUCACGAGAUUCGAGAUGGAAGGACAGCCUGUGCCCGUAAAUAAGGACGUUAUCAUUAAUCAUUGCGCCACAAAUGUGAAUUUGGGAAUUAAUAUUGGCUGCUGGACGAUGGGAUUUUACGGAAAGGUAUGUUGUCCCGUCAUGAAAACGUGUUUGGAUGUUUACGGGAGGGAAACGGCGCACAAUAUCUGGCAAAUUUAUACACCAAUAGCUGACGGCGAGAAAAAAGAAUAAAAAUGUUUUAUAAACUGUUUACGUUUUACAUUUGUUACUCGCACACCAAAAAUAAAGUGAACUAAUCGGCAA